AUGGCUCAGAAUAAACAGCCCUACCCAGGUGCUGCUCCCAAAUAUAUCAACGAUUUCAGUAAGGCCCUUGCCAGCGAGGUGAGGAUUCUGCUGCAAGAGGUUGGAAAGUUGAGAGAUGAGAGGCGAGCAUUGCAGCAUGAAAUUGCAGAACUUAUGGCGGUCAAGUCGAAACAUAGCGCAGGGGGAGAGUAUUCACCGGACUGGCACCCUAGGAGUCUCGGCUUCCCCGAACCCAUUCCUGAACCUGCCCCUCCCCCUCCCCCCGAGCCUGCCCUUGAUGGACCUGCGAAGCCUGCCUGGCGAGUGGUGCAUAAACGCCCCGAACGUAUGGCCAAGGGUAAAGCGAAGGCUCCCGCAGCUCUGCCCGCUCCACCCCCGCCUCCACCUGAACCACCGAAGGCCGAUUUGCCGAGCUGGGCACAAUGGAGACCGAACCCGGUUUACUCGCCACAAGCACGAGGUGGCAUGCCGGGUGGCGGACAGGUGGUUCAGGCCCCUCCGCGCGCAGGACUUUUCGGCCCAGCCACGCCACCUCCUCAGUGA